AUGAGCGUAACAGGGCAAAUGAAAAUGAAGGACUUUUCAUCAUGCUGUGCAAGCACAAUAUUCACUAAAGAGAUGGCUAUAGCCUCGCCAUUCUCUUCAUUGGAACAUGCAAUUUCUCUUGCUAUAGAGAUAUGGUUUCACAAAAUGAAUGUGUGGUGUUGGUUGGAGGCUAUUUCAAGACGUUCUUGUUACAAUGAAUACUUGAAAUUGGCCAACGAAUCUAUCAUGCAGUUGAAAUAUGAUAACAAACUCGCUGCCUUAAUAUUUGCAAUGUCAACAUUCAUAUUUGUAGGAACUUUAUUAAUCGGGAUCAAUGUACGAGAAGAAAUUUGGAUAUGUUUUGUGACAUGUGCAUCUGGAAAGAGCUCUGAAGAUAUAAUUGCUGAACCGAAAAUGCGCUUUACAAACAAGCAUGCAGUUGAGUUGGAUAUUGCAUCACAAGAGGAAAUGAAAUUUAUAGAAUUGCAAAUUACACAGCUUCUUUCCAAAGAAUCUGCCCAAAUUGUCAACAACGGAGAUGGCAAAAUAGUUAACGACACUCUAGAUGGGGCAGAGAUUGAUACAACAGAUAAUUUAGAUGAUAUCUCCUCCACUAGCAUUGACAUGUCCAUGAAGUUUGACUUGAAUAAGGUGUCAGAAGAAGACAAUAAAACUUUAGAUGACCAACAAGUAGAAGAUGACGUACAUGUUACAAAACAGUGCUUCAACCUGAACAAAAAAUCAUGGUUUGGAGAUGACCUAUCAGAUGUUGUGUCACGUGAAGCCAGUUGUUUCCCUUAA